GACAUUUCCCGGUUUUCGUUGUCAUCGUGCACAACUUGCAAAAAUUUGGCUUUGUUCAACAUUUAAGUUUUAUAAAAUAAAAUAUAAAAAUCAGAAAUUAAAUAAAAAUAAACAUGUUUUCAAACGAUAUUGCAAAACCGUUUUGGGCAAAUGGACCAGCACCUGGCCAAUUCUACAAUUUUGUGGGAAAUAACCUUUUUGCCAAUGAAAUUCAAAACUCCGGUCCAGCUGGUAUAUUCGGAACUCAGAGAACAUCGUCACCCAUCACAACCGGAACAUCAGUUGUGGGUAUCAAAUUUGAUGAAGGUGUCAUCAUAGCCGCCGAUAAUCUAGUUUCAUAUGGAUCUCUGGCUAGAUUCCAAGAUGUAGAGCGUGUUUUUAAGAUAAACGAAAAAAUCGCCAUCGGAACAGGUGGAGACUUUGCUGAUUUCCAAAGUCUGAAGAGAAUUAUCGAUCAAAAGAUGUGCGAAGAUAUCUGCUAUAACGAUACCAUCGAAAUGAAGCCCAAGUCAAUGUAUAACUGGUUGACUAGAGUGCUCUAUAACAAGCGUAGUAAGUUCGAUCCUUUGUGGUUGGAUAUGGUUGUUGGUGGAAUGGAAGAUGGUGUGCCAUUUUUGGGUCAUGUUGAUUUGCGAGGACGUUCGUAUGUGGACACAGUUGUUGCAACUGGAUUCGGAAAGCAUUUGGCUCUUCCAAUUGUUCGAGAACGUAUCUCAGACACCACUAAGUUAAACAGAGCCGAUGCUGAACAAUUGAUGAAGAAAUGUAUGGAAGUUUUGUACUACCGUGAUUGUCGAGCUUUGUCGAAGUAUUCCAUGGCAAUUGUUACAAAAGAGGGUACAGAAAUCCUUACAUCGCAAAAGGUCAACGAAAACUGGCAAUUGGCAACUAUGGUUAAGGGAUAUUAAGAAAUUCCAUGUCUUAUUUUAAAUGUUCUUUAUACGAAAUAAUAAAUAUAAUUUUUUUUGGAUUAAAGGAAA